ACAUGAUAACUUGUGAAAUGCGUCUGUGUAUUACUCUAAACCUGAUGGUUUUAAUUGUUUUUGCCGAAGGCUUUUUGCUUCAAAAUGGAACUGAUCCAGGAACAGUUUUUCAACAGAAUGGGUGUCCUUUUGGAUGGACAAAAUAUUCACUUCAUUGUUAUUAUUACAGUGUAUCCCGGAAAACGUGGACGACCGCAGAAGAUACAUGUAAACAGUUUGGUGGUCAUCUCGUGAUUAUUGAGGACAACGAUGAAGACAGUUUUAUCCAAAGUUUUCUGAAUGUGUCGAAAACUUUUGCAAAUGACUGGUCAAGUUCUUAUACGUGGGCCGGAGCAUCUGAUUUGGCAGAAGAAGGUAAUUGGUUAUGGGUAACGGGUUCACCAGUCGGUGUGUUUACCAACUGGAGAGGACCAGGUCCAAAUAACGGACAUGGCAGUCAUACCGAGGACUGUAUGGACCUAAGUGGUGGAGGUUGGAAUGAUAAUAACUGUGCUUCUCACUUGAGCUUUGUGUGUGAAAUAAAAGCAAAAGUUGAUUAA